AAGCCAGUGGCAGUGGAGGGAAGCGCCGAAGACCAAAGCUUUCCGACCAGUUCCGACUCUACAAACAGUAGAAAUUAACCAAUAUGGCGGUCGUGCAUUCAGGAGUUGAACGAUUCGUAACAGUCGGAAUAUUUCGAUUUCGCCUAAAAUACUUGGCUCUGGGAGUUUUAACUGUUCAAACGUCGACAAUGGUUUUGGUGCUUCGCUACUCAAGAACUGUCAACAAUAGGACUGGACAAGAACCUUACUUAUCUUCGACCGCUGUAUUUUUAUCUGAAGUCCUGAAACUAUUUAUUUGUCUUUUUAUUGUUCUUAAAGACUCAAGAUUUCAUCCCAAAGAGUUUUAUAACGCCUUAUAUCAGGAUGUUUUCUCUAAACCAACAGUGAUAUUAAAAAUGUGUGUUCCUGCAUUUUUAUAUACCGUGCAAAAUAAUCUUUUGUACCUGGCACUGUCGAAUUUGGAUGCUGCUACUUAUCAGGUUACGUAUCAACUCAAGAUAUUAACAACGGCGUUGUUCAGUGUAUUACUUCUUGGAAAGCAACUUGGUAGACUGAAAUGGUUAUCACUAGUUAUUCUAAUGUUUGGAGUCACACUUGUUCAGUGGAGAGUCGAAGAUGAGCGUAAACAAGUAGAUGUAGAAGAUAAUGCCGAACAAAGAAAUAUUUCUAAAUCCCUAGUAGGACUUGUGGCGGUGCUGUGUGCAUGUUUUUCUAGUGGAUUCGCCGGAGUAUAUUUUGAGAAAGUACUGAAAACCUCUAAAUUAUCUCUAUGGAUGAGAAAUGUUCAGCUAGCGUUAUUUGGUAUAAUACUUGGCCUUAGUGCCGUAUAUAUCAAUGAUGGAACUGCAAUUCAAAAAAAUGGAUUUUUUCAAGGAUACAAUAAAUAUGCUUGGGCAGUUAUAUUUUUACAGGCUUUUAAUGGCUUGGUUAUUGCGACGGUUGUCAAGUAUGCAGAUAAUAUUUUAAAAGGUUUUGCCACAUCGAUAUCAAUCAUAGUAUCUUCCAUUAUAUCAUAUUAUUUCCUUCAUGAUUUUGAAGUAUCAAGACAAUUUUUAGCUGGUGCGACAGCUGUUCUAGUUGCAACAUACAUCUAUUCGAAACCUGAAAAACCUGUACCACAAUCAUCCCACGUUUUUAGAGAAAAUUGAUCAUUUAACGAUUUAACUGUUUAACCCCGGAUCUCACCGAUAGUCGACGAUGUAUUGUUGGUGGCAGGUGAAAAAAUCAAUUCUGGGUCUAUGUACAUUCAAUUCAGGCCCGUUCCAAACGUUGAACUUUUCUUAAGUUCAUUUGCAUUCGAUUUGGCACAUGAAAAGUUCGGCGUCUGAAACAUGCUUCACGUGCACGUGCACGUGCGUUGAUUUAUCUUAACAAACUGAGCAAU